GUGCCAUCUCAUUCUGUUUGAGCAGUACUGUAUUACUUGAAAAUGUUACUAAACUCACUUUUUAAGAUUGUUUAACAAAGGAGUGCAUCUUCCUGCAGUCCAAAAGUGCUAAACGUAGGCUGAGGAAACCUGGUACGGUCCCUUUGGCUUACGCAAAAGUGAUGAAGAAGCUCAACUUUUCUGGUUGAAUCAUCUGGAUUAUCAUUCUAUGUUGCCUCCAGUUUGGAAAGCUUUUCUUGCAGUCCUUGUUCCUUACCAUUUUUAACUGUGUAGGUAAAACAUGCUUGUUUACUUAAUUUGAGCAAAGUGAUCACUUCUUUUUAGAAAUUGUUCUGGAAAUGCAGGAUCCAUUAGAAUGGAUGUAUACUACUAAACUAUGUUCUGUAGUUCUGUUACAUACUUACAUGAGUAAUCAUUAGGAGCGUAAAAUAAGCACUUGACUGACUACCCGAUUUUUAAUAUUCUGAUUUAUCAGUUUAUUUGGUAAUUUAAAAGAUUUUGUUUGGCUUAGGAGCGUAAAAUAAGCACUUGACUGACUACCCGAUUUUUUUUAUCAUUGAUAAUAAUCUAUUUUCUUGUAUUUUGUAUCAUGUCAAAUUCUACCUAUUUUAUCAUCUAUAAUUACUUUAAACUUUUACCUUACUGGAAUUUGUGGACAUAUUAAGCCGGAUUCACAUGAAAACUGAAUGUGAAUGCAAUGGUGGAUGAGAAUAACAUUUUCUUAAUUAGGUAUAGUUUUUCCCACUCGGUCGUAUUAAUUUUGCUCUACGCGUGAGAAUAGACUUUUUUUCACUAUGUCUACACUAUAUGUUCUCAGAUGGAUCGUAGUUGGAUGUAUGGUCUUCGGAACACCUCUGAAUUUUUCACGGGUGUUAAUGGGUUUAUAAAACAUGCUCUUGCACACCAAAAACAAGGCCAUAUAUGGAUUUUAUGUCCUUGUUCGAGGUGUCGUAAUUUAAAAAAAGAAAAUGAUGCCAAUGUUGUUCUUCAACACUUGCUUCAGAGAGGCUUUAGAGAAAAUUAUAGAAUAUGGUCGUUGCAUGGUGAAACUUGUGUAGAUGAUGAAGUUGUUGCACGACCUACAUCUAGUAAUUUAAAGCGCAAAGUGUCCGACAUUGCCAACGCCUCAAAUGAUCAAAAUGACACUACUAAUGAUGGCAAUGAAUACAAUGUUGAUCUAAUUGAUGAUCUUUUAAAAGAUGUGCAUGAAAGUUUUGAGCAUCAACCAAAUUCAUACGAAAGUAUGGUUGAUGACGCCAGAAUACCUUUGUAUUCUACUUCAAGCUUCACCAAGUUGUCUGCGGUGUUGAAGUUGUUCCAUUUGAAAUCUAAAUAUGGGUGGAGUAAUGUGAGUUUCACAGAGUUGUUGACAUUACUUCAAGAGAUGUUGCCUGAGGGGAACACACUUCCCGAUACAACAUAUAAGGCUAGAAGGAUAUUGUGUCCUAUGGGAACCGAGUGGAAGAAAAAUCAUGCAUGUCCCAAUGAUUGUGUUCUCUACCGAAAUGAGCAUGAAAAAACUUAAUUUACAUAUUAAUAUACAACGUUAGUAUUAUAUAUUUGUUUGAAUAAACUUAAUUUACAUAUUAAUAUGUUUUAAUAUUAUGAUCGAUAAGGGAUAUAUGUUUGUUUGAAUUUGUAGAAUGUACAGGGUUGCAUCUGCACAAAAAGGUAGCGAUAAGCCAAUUAAAUGGAAUAGUGUGAAGGUUGCACAACAAACCGGAAGUACUGAAUGUGGAUAUUAUGUCAUGAGAUUCAUGUGGGAAAUAAUAUCAUACUCUGAAAAUCAUGAUAUUGGAAAGGUAUGGCGUUCAAGAAGUGAACCAUACACAUUAGCAGAGUUCAAUGAUAUCAGAAAUAUAUGGUCAAGAUACUUUCUGGAUGUUGUAUUGCAAAGUUGAGAAAAAACUAUUUAGUCAAACAAUUUGUAAUGUAUGAAUGUUGAUUGGAUGUUUAAUUAAACACGUAUUUGAUUGUGCAUUAUGCG